CGGGCGCUUCUCGCCGGCGCUGGCGGGCGGUGGCGGCCGGUGGUGGAGGAGGAGGAGGAGGAAGAAGAGGAGGAGGAAGAAAAAGAAGAAGGAGCGGGUCCGCCAUGGGGACUCAGGGGGCCGGGCGAAAGCGGCUGCCGAACCGGGAGCGCCUGACGGCGGAGGACGAUGCGCUCAACCAGAUCGCCCGUGAGGCUGAAGCCAGACUCGCAGCAAAGCGAGCGGCGCGGGCAGAGGCACGAGAGAUCCGAAUGAAGGAAUUGGAGAGGCAGCAGAAAGAGAUCUAUCAAGUUCAGAAGAAAUAUUAUGGUCUGGAUACUAAAUGGGGAGACAUCGAGCAAUGGAUGGAAGACAGUGAGCGCUAUUCCCGUAGAGCCCGAAGAAAUGCCUCGGCUUCGGAUGAAGAUGAGCGCAUGUCAGUGGGUAGCCGUGGAAGCCUGAGGUCUCAUUUGGAAUAUGCCAGCACCUACCCUGUGGCUGGAUUAGAGAAUGAGAGGACCAAAAAGAAGAACUACUCCAAAGCAACCAAUGGUUAUGAGGAAGACGUGUAUGGAUCAUCCCAGAGUAGAAAAUCUAGCAGGCCCUCGUUGCUGUACAGCGAUGCCCUGCCAGCCAGAAGUUAUAGGGCGUCUGUGUAUGACGAGAGCGUUUACAGUGGGAGUCGUCGGUAUAGUGCCUCUAGUUCUCGUGCUCCUUCUGAAUACAGCUGCUACCUUGGGUCAGGAUCUCGGGCAUCCUCAAGAGCCAGCUCUGCUCGGGCCAGUCCAGUGAUUGAGGAGAGGCCAGAAAAAGACUUUGAGAAGGGAGCACGUACUGUCUCAAGCUUAUCAGCAGCUACCUUGGCUUCUCUGGGUGGGACUUCAUCACGAAGAGGCAGUGGAGAUACAUCCAUCUCAGCAGAUACAGAGGCAUCUAUUAGAGAAAUAAAGGACUCUCUAGCCGAAGUUGAAGAGAAAUACAAAAAGGCUAUGGUGUCCAAUGCUCAACUAGACAAUGAAAAAACAAAUUUCAUGUACCAAGUAGAUACCCUGAAGGAUGCACUCUUAGAGUUAGAAGAACAGCUGGCAGAAUCCAGGCGGCAAUAUGAAGAAAAAAGCAAAGAAUUUGAGAGGGAGAAGCAUGCUCAUAGCGUACUGCAGUUUCAGUUCAUGGAAAUCAAAGAGGCUUUGAAGCAAAGAGAAGAAAUGCUUGCAGAAAUCCAACAGCUGCAACAGAAACAGCAGAGCUAUGUCAGGGAAAUUUCUGAUCUUCAGGAGACAAUAGAGUGGAAAGACAAAAAAAUAGGGGCAUUAGAGAGGCAGAAAGAUUUCUUUGAUUCCAUAAGGAGUGAGCGGGAUGACCUUAGAGAUGAAGUGGUUGUGCUGAAGGAGCAACUGAAGAAACACGGAAUAAUCCCAGACUCUGAUGUAGCCACCAACGGGGAGACAUCGGACAUUCUUGAUAGCGAAGGACACUUGGAUUCUUCCAAAACUGUUCCAGGCACAACUCAGGCAUUAAAGACAGGAGGGGAUGGGAUGCUAGGCAAAGCCAAUGAAGUGGACAUGAAAAAUGAGAUUUUGGAGGAUAUGGGGAAAAGAGAAAUCUUGCAGAAUACUGAGCGUGAGGAACACAAAGAGGAGUCUGAGGAGCAGGAAGUACAGACAUUGCAUGCUGAUGAAAAUGCAGAGGCAGAAAAAAUGGUUGAAGAACGUGAUGCCUUGUCAACAGUGAUGUUACCAGAUAGUAGGUUUACCAAACAAAUUCAGAGCGUUACAGAACAUGCAUCAGGGAGUGCUGCUUCAAAUGAUGGUAGUGACACAGAUGAUUUGAGAGAGGAGACUGAGUCCGCAGGCACAGCAGUCCAACAGCCUGUUAGUACAGAGGCUGAACUGCAUGGCUUAACUGCAAGGACAAGUCAGAACUCAGAGGUGGGCUCUCUGCAAGAUCAUCAGAUUUUUGAGACUCCUCAGGAAAUGCCUGGUGACUUUGGUACAGAGCAUGAACUGGAAAAAGCUGCACCUGAACAGGAAGAACGAGAAGAUCUUAAAACUAGCCAUGCCCUCAGUUUUAGGGAAAUGGAUCAAGAAGCCGACAUUACAAGUGAGAGCUGCGAGUUAGUUUCUAACCAGGCAGGGCUACCAGAGGGCACACCAGCUGGCUGGCUUAGUGAUGAGGUAGAUGUGGAGAGUCAUGCUGAGGGACUCCAGCACCCAGAGGAAAGUGCUGAAAACAAGGUUACAGAUGUCUUGGGGGAAGAGCUUGUUGAAAGCAAAGAUGGAAGAAUUGAUAAAACAAGAGGGGAUAGAGCUGAUGAAGAAAAUAAGGUUGGGAACGCAGUUCAGGGUCAGACAAGGGGAAUGGAGUCUGUGGGUUUGGAGGAGACAGAAUUGUGUGGAAGUGGUGUCUCAGCAGAUACAAGUGAAAAGGAAGGUGGAAGAGAUCAGGCACACAUCCAACCAGUUUCUUCAGAAGACAGUCCUUCAGCAUCAUCAGAGGAACAAAAUAUGCAAGAUAAAACUGAACUUGAAAAUGCUAAGGCCGAGAAGGAUGAACAGAAGGAAAUAUUAAUAGAAGAGGUGGAGAUGCAUUCAGAUUCUGCAGAAACAGGAGAGCAAGAUAAGGCAUCUGUGGAGGCUGUAGGCUGUAUUACUGAGGUAAAAGAAAGUGUGUUGCAGCAGGCAGAGGCAGACACAAACAUUGUGAAAGAGGUGAUGACUCAGGAAACCAGUUUAGACGCAAGUCUUUUAGAUGAUAAAAUUAAGGAGUCAGAAUUGGAACCAGGGGAUGACUCUGGGAAAGAAAAAAGUGGGACAGAAUGUGUAGAAGAUUUGAAGCCAAAGGCAGAAGUUCAAACAAUUCAGUGUACUGAAGAGAUAACAGGUGAUACAGUGGGGGAGAAAAGUACUCCUUUAGAAGGUGAAGCAGAGAAUGUAGUUAAACAAGAGGAAGGUGAAUCUAAAGAGGAUUCAACUGUAGAUGUUAGUGUAACUACUGAAAACAAAGUUGAUAAAGAAACACUGAAAGAAAAUGAACAAGAGUUAGAGCUUGCAGACCACCGUGGUGGUGAAUUUGCUUCUGAGGAAGAUGCAAAUAAUACCCUGGCACAAAAAGCUGAGCAGGAUGGAAACAUUAGUGAACAAGUUCAAUUGGAGUGUCAAGCAGUGGAAAGACUGGAAGAUGAUGGUGAUGCAUUUGAUUCUGAUGGAGGGUCAAAACAGAUGCUAAAAACCGAUGAAAAACGCGAUGGAGAGAAGGCUGAUACACAGAAGGAAGAGGGUGAUGGAGCAAAUGAUGCUAUCGGAAAAACUAUCCAAACAGAUGAAGUCGGAGAAGGAACAGACAAAAUAGAAACCGAAAAUGCCUUGACUGAAGAUGACAGCUUGCAGCAUAAAAAAGGAGAUGAGCCUGAAGAAACAGGGUGCUUGCAAGGGGAAGCAUCAUGGAAAACUGAUGAGAGGACUGGUGUGACGGAAGAUGAAAUCAAAGCAUCAGUUUCUAACAAAGCGGAAAAAAUACCAGAUCAAAAUGUUGCAGAACAGGAUUUGGAAAGCGCUGGCAAUAACAGAGAUGGAAGCAAGGAGGAUUUGCAGGGUGGUAGAAGGGGGAAGGGUAAAUCCAGAGAUGACUGCACAAUAUCAUAAGUUCAGAAUCUCAAGGCUACCUGAGUUACAUGCCAUUUGAUUAGUCCCAGUACAGAAGCAUGCACUUUGCACAAUACAUCGGGCCUUAGGAAUACUCUUAAAAGUUUUUUCUUUAUAGGUAACUCUCAUCAUAAUACAGUGUUACGUAAGUGGUAAUGUUGCAAGUAUUGAGUUAUUCACUGACAUACCUAGCCACAAGCAAUCGUGUGUGGGUUUGGUUUUGCUGUAUCUAAGGUUAAAAGUUUAUCACCAAAAGAGAAAAUCACAAAUUGACUAUUCAUACUAUCUUGCAAUUAAAGGACUUUCAGUGUGAAUAACUGCUACUGAAGAAUUUCUGUAGGAAAUUCUUUUUUUCUAGCCUAGAUGGUAGAUGUCUUGAAUGUACUUACGUGCGUUGGACCUUUGUGAACUUAUGCGCAUGCUUAUGUGUACUUGUGUGCAUUAGAUCUACAGUAAGUACAUUAACACUUCAUAAAGGAAGUCAGUAUAUCAGCAACACUGAUCUGAUGUUGAAACUUCUUUCUGAAUGAUUAAAGUCUAGGAACCAAUUUUUUUUUUUUUUUUAAUGGAAAAAAAAGAUAAUCUUAUUCCACUCUGUGUGUAUUUUUAAUAUGGUCAUAUUCCAAAAUCUAGUUAGAUCACUGUGAAUCUGCUUAGUCUAAACACUUUAGAAGAACAAUAUAUAGUUUGAAGGAAGUGCAACAUACAGGUCUUAGUUUGCUGAAAGGAAUAAAUAUGUAUAUGUUUACUUCAUCUAGGCACUUUGCACCACAGUAGGCCUUUUAUACCAUGUCUCACAUGGGUUUUUAAUUUUUUCUGAAGAAAGUGUCAAUACGUAUUGUAAUAUGCUCUUAGGUUUGCUAUCAAGUACUGUCUAGCUAUGAAUAUAUAAAAUAUCUAUUUUUCCAAGAAGUUAUUUUUGUUAAAAUUUCAUUUCCUUACUGCAUUAUAUUUUUUGCAAACUAUGAUUCUGAAAGAAUGUUUUUAUCUCUGAAAAAUUCUUACCUCUUCCUUUCUGGAAAGAAGGUAACUUUGCAUGUUUUAAUUCUUGUUGUAUAUCAGACCAAAGACGGUUGUUGUUCUGUGUACUAGCCUCUAUGCCUUUUUGAAAAGCUGGAUUGCUUUGAAUUGCUGGCAUAAAUCAGACACUUUAACUCCGUUGGUAUAUUUCUUCUUGCAUCUUUGCUAGUUCUUGGGAGGACGAGCAUGUUUUGCAUACUUAAAACUUCACUUAAAGUUGUUUUAAGCAAUGAAAGCCCCAAGGGAAUGCAAAUUGAGGAGUUGGGGUGGGGGGGCUAUGGAAGGCUGUAUUUGUGUUGAUGUUACAAAGUGGGUAGAGGACAAACAGACUGCAAAAUCUCAAGAUGUAUAUCAAAAUGUACUGAACUGUAUAUAAUUGAAAUAAACAUAUUUUAUACUUCAAA